AAAAACCCUGAACAUCUGUUUUCCUUCACACAGUGACUUUCAGACAUGUUUGGAUUACAUUGGACGAACAUGGCGUCCAUGACCUUGGGAUUUCUCUACGCUUCCAUCGUUAUAGCGUCCGUGACGGCGGACUGUCUGAAUGGCUGGACUCAGUACGCCAGCUCCUGCUACAGAUUGUUCCGAAAUGACAAGAAUACGUGGCCGGAAGCAGGGUUUGAGUGUGAGAAGCACGGGGCCUACCUGGUGUCCAUAGAAACCCAACAGGAGAGUGUGGACAUGCAUGCACUGGUCGAGGAGUUGAAUCUGGGGGAUCUUGACAAGGUAUGGAUCGGACUGAGCGAUGUUCGAGAGGAGGGCGUCUGGGUUUGGGAGUCCACUAGACAAAACGCCACUUUCUUCGACUGGGCACCGUCUGAACCCAACCAAAAAGAUACUGUUCAACAGGACUGCGUCAUUCUGUACGGCAAGCAGCACCUCCAGUGGGCGGACGAUCGAUGCGAAUAUAAAUACGAAUAUAUAUGUGAAAGUCCGGUUAAUACAGCCCCGGCCCUUGUGGGCUGAGUGGGAUCAAGGAGAGCACACGUGUAUUAUACCUGUCAAUGUUCAGCGAAUAUAUAACGUCUGCUUGUAACAAUCGUAUUGUAAAACACUUAUAAAUACACCAUGCAGGUACCUAA